AUGGCGAGCACCCCAGAGAAGCUGGGUGGCUUCGACGCAGUGCAGAUGUCGGAGGCCUCUAGUGCAACCCAGCAGGAGGUGGUCAAUGUGGAGCUGAAUGAGAAGCUGGAGCACAAGGACGCACAACUUGAAGAUGCGGAUCCCUCGAACCGAGUCGAACUCACGGAGGAUAUGUGCUACGACAAGCUCGGAUACUCGUUCAGCGAGAAGCGAAAGUGGAUGAUUAUUACGGUCAUCUUCCUCGUCCAGACCUCCAUGAACUUCAAUACGUCCUUGUACUCGAAUGGCCUCAAUGGAAUCUCGGAGGAGUUCGGUGUCUCCAUGCAGGCUGCCCGCUGCGGUGCCAUGAUCUUCCUGGUUCUCUACGCCUUUGGCUGUGAGCUGUGGGCACCAUGGAGCGAGGAGUUGGGCCGCAAACCCAUCCUCCAAGCCUCUCUGUUACUCGUCAACAUCUGGCAAUUGCCCGUGGCUCUUGCGCCUAACUUUACCUCCGUGAUGGUCGGCCGUGCUCUGGGCGGUCUCUCCUCCGCUGGAGGCUCUGUCACCUUGGGCAUGAUUGCUGAUUUGUGGGAGGCGGACACACAGCAGUAUGCCGUCGCGGCAGUUGUCUUUUCAUCCGUCGGCGGCUCUGUUCUGGGCCCUGUGAUCGGUGGUUUUGUGGAGGCCUUCCUCCCAUGGCGGUGGUGUAUCUGGAUUCAGUUGAUCUUCGGCGGCUUUGUUCAAAUCAUGCAUUUGCUGCUUGUUCCGGAGACCCGAACGACUGUGAUGAUGGACAAGAUCGCUAAAAAGAUGCGCGAAAGCGGCGAGAACCCGAAUAUCUACGGUCCCACCGAGGGCAUCUCGUUCCGCCAGCGUUUCCCGCCCCGCGAGCUCAUGGCUACCUGGAUUCGCCCCUUCCGCAUGUUCCUGACGGAGCCUAUUGUGUUGACUUUGUCCCUCCUGAGUGGGUUCAGUGACGCUCUGAUUUUCAUGUUCAUCCAAUCUCUGUCGCUGGUGUACGGACAGUGGGGAUUCAACACCUGGGAGAAGGGUCUGGCUUUCAUUCCCAUCUUGAUCGGCUACCUCAUUGCCUGGAUCUCGUGGUUCCCAGUCAUUCGCCGCAACGUGAAAGAGCGCCGUGAUAAUCCGGACAGCGAACGCGCGCAGUAUGAGUCUCGUCUGUGGUGGUUGCUGUAUACCGCCCCCUGCCUGCCUAUUGGUUUGAUUGGUUUCGCUUGGACUAGCUUGCCUCAGUGCCACUGGAUUGGCACUAUGAUCUUUGCCGCCAUCAUUGGUAUCGCUAAUUAUGCCAUUUACAUGGCCACGAUUGACUAUAUGAUUUGUGCCUAUGGACCGUACUCUGCGUCUGCCACCGGCGGCAAUGGCUGGUCUCGAGACUUCCUGGCUGGUGUGCUGACUAUUCCGGCUACCCCCUUCUUCGAGAAUAUUGGUGGCAAGAACCAUGUCGAAAACGCUUCUACUAUUCUCUUCUGUAUUUCGGUGCCGCUGGUUGUUGCCGUCUACGUGAUUUACUGGAAGGGUCCCGUUCUCCGAAAGCGCUCCCCAUUCGCCCAGCAACUCGAGGAGGCCCGUCACGAUGUGGCUAUCCAGGGCCGUCAAUUGUCCAAGGUUCCGGAGGCGUCGCGCGCCAACUCGUAUGCGCGCUCUCAGCAGGACCUCCGCAUCCGGCAAACUAUGGGCAGCCGCCCCGGUUCGCGGGUCAACUCCCGGGCCAACUCGCGGGUCAACUCGCGUCGCAACAGUCUUGCGGCUCUCUGA